UGUACUGGAUAUUACACAACUCUGGAGUCUUGCUGAACGUUAGACAAACUAUCAAACAUGGAUAUUCUGUACACUGCCCUUGCAGUUUUGAGCUUGAGCUUUUUGUUGUUUUUUAUAAAGUUCCCUUAUUUCCUGCAUGACUUUGUGUUCAUAAUGAAAUCCCUCAGGGUCAGGUCAAAGCGCAUGAAGUUUCGGAAGAGAGUUCCCUUCUACACGGUGCUCGACUGCUUUGUGGCUGCAGUACACAGACACCCACACAAACCCUUUGUUGUGUUUGAGGAUGAUGUCUACACGUACCAGCAGGUGGACCGCUGGAGCAACAGGGCAGCACACGCGCUGCGUAAACACACCAACCUGCAAGAGGGAGACACGGCCGCGCUGCUCAUGGCCAAUGAACCACACUUCAUCUUCCUCUGGCUCGGGCUGAUGAAGAUCGGAUGCUCUAUAUCACUUCUCAACACCAACAUUCGGGGAAAAUCUUUAAUGCACUGCUUCUUGUGUUGUGAAGCGAAAGUGCUGAUCGCAGGAGAAGAGUAUCGCAGUGCAGUGUGUGAGGUGCUGCCCGAGUUGCACAUACGUGGUGUAAGUGUUUUCCUGUUGUGUGAUAAUUGUGACUUUGAUGGAGUUCAGUCUCUGAAAGACAAGAUGGACAUCAGUGACGACGGGCCUGUGAGUCACACACUGAGAGCUAACAUCACCAUGAAAAGCCCAGCCUUUUACAUCUAUACAUCAGGAACUACAGGUCUCCCUAAAGCAGGAGUUCUUCUUCAUGAACGAAUAUGGGGUGGCGCUUUCUUCCAGUCUCUGUUUGGUGUCAAGCCUGAUGAUGUCAUCUACAUACCACUCCCCCUUUACCAUGCUGCAGGACUGAUCAUUGGCCUCGGUGGGGCAAUAGAGAGGGGAAUCACAGUGGUGUUGAGGAAGAAGUUCUCAGUGUCUCAGUUUUGGACUGACUGCAGGCAAUACAACGUGACAGUGAUCCAGUAUAUCGGAGAGAUCAUGCGCUACCUCUGUAACACACCCAAGAGAGACACAGACCGGCAGCACUCGGUGCGACUCGCCAUCGGAAACGGACUUCGUCCUGAAGUCUGGCAAGAAUUUCAGUGCAGGUUUGGUGUGAAAAAAAUUGGAGAGUUCUACGCUGCCUCCGAUGGGAACAUGGGCUUCUUGAACUACACGGGGAAAGUCGGGGCUGUGGGCAAAGUGAACUUCCUCCAGAGGAAACUUGAUCUUCAUGCACUGAUUCAGUUCGACCAUGAGAGAGAUGCACCGGUGCGGGACAGCAGGGGGCGCUGUGUCCCUGUUCAAACAGGUGAAACAGGUCUUCUGGUGUGUAAGAUCACUGAGAUCACUCCAUUUGCAGGAUAUUCAGGAAAUCCAGAACUAACAGAGAAGAAGAAGCUGCGUAAUGUGUUUGAGGACGGAGAUGUUUAUCUGAACAGUGGAGACUUAUUAAGGACAGACCACCAGGGCUUCAUGUACUUCCAGGACCGCAUUGGAGACACUUUCAGAUGGAAAGGAGAGAACGUGGCCACCACUGAAGUAGCUGGCAUUAUUUCAGCACUGGAUUUUGUUGAGGAUGUGUGUGUGUAUGGUGUCAAGGUUCCAGGUCAUGAGGGUCGUGUCGGCAUGGCAGCGCUGACACUAAAGGACGAGCAAGAGUUUGACGGUGAAAAAGCUUUCAGUCACAUCACCAACUUCCUGCCGGCGUACGCCAGGCCCCGCUUCAUCCGCAUCCUGAGGAGCAUGGAGUUGACUGGGACAUUUAAACAGGUGAAAAUAUCUCUGAUGAAGGAUGGAUUUGAUCCUGAGAGAGUGACUCCACCCAUCUACUUCCUGAAGGAGAACUACAAGAGCUACAUCCCACUCACACACACACACUACAACACUAUCAUAUCAGGGGAGAUCUGCUUCUGAACACACACACACUCAUGCACACACACACACACACACACACACAUAAACACACACACACACACACUCACUCACACCUAGACACACAUGCACACACAAAUAAACACACACCUAGACACACACAAAUGCACACACUCACACACUUAUAAACACACAGACACACACACUCUACAAUACUAUCAUAUCAGGGGAGAUCUGCUUCUGAACCCACACACACACACUCAUGCACACACACACACACACAUACACACACACACACAUAAACACAAACACAC